GGGAAAGGGGCGGCAGGCGGUAAGCGCCAUGUCCGGCCGCGAGGGUGGCAAGAAGAAGCCCCUGAAGCAGCCCAAGAAGCAGGCCAAAGAAAUGGACGAGGAGGAUAAGGCUUUCAAGCAGAAACAAAAAGAAGAGCAGAAGAAACUCGAGGAGCUAAAAGCGAAGGCUGCGGGGAAGGGCCCUCUGGCCACUGGUGGGAUUAAGAAAUCUGGCAAAAAGUAAGCUGCUCCUUGUCCCUGAGGCCAUGGUGACCGUUGCUUCCAUUCCUGUUUAAACAUCCGGAUUCCCUGCUGUAACAUCUUUUGCCACUUUAUAGCUAGAAUGAAGUUUUGUCUUGGAGCCUGUUGUACAUUUAAGAAUAAACUUUUGUAGAAAAAAAGAAACCACCCAA